AGUCACUCGAGCCGCAGCUCCACCCACUCUCUGACUUCUCCGUCGCCCUCCGUCAUGAUCUCGACCAGCAAGUCGAACAGCACCUUCUCGUGGCUCGGGUGGUAGUAGUAGUUGAAGUGCUCCUUGGAUAGCUCGUGGUUCUUCCACACAAGGACAAAUGGCCCGUCCGGCCAGAAGUAUUCGCGGAAGACGUCGUUGAGGGCGUCCAGAUUCCGCCCGAACCACGAUGGCAGCGGCAUGGCGGCCAUAAGGGCAUCGUAGAAGCCGUCCAGGGUGCUGAAGUCAGCCCCGUCUAUCUCGUAGAUGGGCUUGUCUGUCGUUUGGCUCAUCCCGUGAAGAACAAGGAAAAGAAGCGG